AUGGGGCUGUGCCGGCCUGACCCACCUGCCCGGCCUCACCCUCCCCGCCCUGGGCAGCGGCAGCAGCACCAGCAAAAGCAGCGCCGGGGCCGCCCGCUCCGCUCCGUGCGGCCCGGACCGGCCCCGCCGCGCCCGGCACGCCGGGAAAUGUACGGGCACAAAUACCCAGGGUCCUUCCUGAAAGCUAUUGUUAACAGACCUUUACAGAAGGAAUUCAGAGCUUCCUCUCCAACAUAUAUGAGUCUUGGCAGUGUUUUGUGCCUGGUGACCGGCGCUUCGCGGGGCUUCGGGCGCACCCUGGUGCGGCUGCUGGCUCCGCGCCUGGGCCAGGGCUCGGUGCUGCUGCUGCUGGCGCGCUCGGCAGCUCAGCUUGCCGAGUUGGCGGCCGAGCUGCGGGGCACCCGCAGCGGGCUGCGGGUGGAGUUCGUAGCCGCCGACCUGGGCUGCGAGCAGGGGCUACGGCAGGCGACUGCUGCACUGCGGGAGGUGCUGCCCGCCGGCCCGCCUGGCCGCUUGCUGCUCAUCAACAACGCCGGCUCUCUGGGAGACAUCUCCAAAACUUUCCUCGAUCUCACUGACCCAGAUGAGAUCAACAGCUACUUUGCCUUCAACAUCACCUCGGCGCUUUGCCUCACCUCCAGUGCCCUGCAAGCCUUUGGGAAGCAGCCUGGCUGCAGCAGGACAGUGGUGAACAUCUCCUCGCUCUGUGCCUUGAAGCCCUUCAAGAACUGGACACUGUACUGCAGCGGGAAGGCUGCUCGGGACAUGAUGUUCCAGGUGCUGGCACUCGAGGAGCCUGAUGUCCGUGUGCUCAACUAUGCCCCGGGUCCUCUGGACACGGACAUGCAGCUCUUGGCCCGAACUAAGACUGGAGAUGCAGACAUGCGUCAGUUUUUCCAAAACCUGCAGGAGAGUGGCCAGCUGAUAGACUGCAGUGUGUCAGCCCAGAAGCUGAUGAAGCUCCUGGAGGAGGACACCUUCUGCUCUGGUGCCCAUGUAGAUUUCUACAGCAUCUGA